UAGAUGGCUUCAACGACGGAGUAGAUAUAUGGAGUACAUUCCAUCCUAUAUUUGAGAUAUUCAAUAACGCAAUAACUACAAUGAUAGGUAUCAAACAAGCCAAGAUUAACUUGAUGAAGGGAAGGAUUGAUCAACGGUCGCGUUUAUUCCAAGCAUGGCCGACAAAGUGCAGACUCGAGGUUAUUCAACCGUUCAAAUCGAAUUCUGAUGCUGAUAUGAUUCAAUUGGUCGAGAAUGCAUCACAGCUGGAAUUACUGGAUACGACUACAUCGAAGCUGUUUAUCGUCCGACAAGAGGACACCUGGUCGAGAAUAAACAUCUCGAAAGAACUCUUUGAACAGUUCCUGGGUGCUUACCACGUCUUCCCAAAUAUCUGGAAGUCUGUUUUUCCUCUUGGGUUCAAACUGAGCGAGAAUGAGUUUGCAUUUCCCGGUCCUUCCUCUCGGUAUGCCACCAGCAAAGGACAGGAUACGUGCGAGAUAUCAUACAUACUCCGUCGUGUGGAAGAGCAUGACAGAGAAUGUGGACCAGUCGAUUCACCGUGGUCGAUUCGACACACAGUCGUCUAUCAUCAACUAAAUGGAAAGAAGGAUAUUCAAAAAUCCAAGUCGAUCUUCCUACUGGUUUCCCUCCCUUCAACAGUGUUUGAAGAUGAAUUAUCCCAAGUCAUCCAAGACUCCACGGAGGAGGUGAAUCCAUGGGUAAUCCAUUGGCUGCUCGUUGCCGACAGCACAAGAGGCUGGCCUGAAUACAUAUCCUGGAUAGAAGGUCAGCUUCAGGAAAGAUCUCGACCGAUCUACGUGGCCACUGUUGGCGAUGAACACGAUGCGAAAAGCCUCACUAAUUACAAGUUCAGCCUUCAGGAUCGACAGGACCUGUAUCGAUUUGAAGAGUAUAUAUCUACUCUGCAGAUUAUUCUUCCUACGAUGCUGGAGAAUAUCAUUCGUGUCCGUGAUGUCUAUCAGAAAUGGUGCUUUGAACACAGUCCAUUUUGGGAUCAUCUUGGUUUACUGGUGGAGUUUGAUGAGCAUAUCUCUGAUGUCAAGAGGGAUAUUCAGCGGGUUGAAGUGUUGAAAGAGAGACUGCAGUCUACUAUUCGGCUGUUAACCGAUCUACUAUCCUACGAAGAAGCAUGCAUGUUGAAGGGUUUGGCGUUGGAGUCCCAAAAGGAAGGGAAAGUGACAUCUCAACUGGCAUUUCAAAGCACCAAGGAUGCGGCCGCGGUCAAAGUGUUGACUAUCAUCAGCCUGAUCUACCUCCCCACCACGAUAGUGGCUAAUUUCUUCUCAACAGAAUUUGUCAAGGCCAACAAUGGAAAAAUGGAAAUUUCCCCUCAAUCAUGGGUUCUCGCCGCAGUCGCACUGCCCCUUACCAGCCUCACUCUUGGCCUGUGGUGGUUGUGUGUGCGAUUCUCACCGCCAGUUCACCCUGGCGAUAAGGGGUCACGCAGUCUACACAGGAGAGUGUGGGAUAUCAUCGCAGGAAAAGACUCUUCUGAUCUAGAAGAGGGACUGCGGCAAAAGGAAAGGGAAUACAAAAUCCCUCCGCGGCGACAGAUGAUGGAGGUAGGAGGGGUUGGGUCCAAACGGCAGGCUAAGAUGGACUAGCUGUAGUUAGCAUAUGUACGCAUUGAUGCACGAGUUGACAUUGUGACUUGCAGCGAGAUAAGAUCCGAAAGAUUCAGUAGAUGGAUCAGAGUAAUAAUGCGGACAGUUCUAUUCAUCGAGAGUUCUUUAUUUCUUCUCUGCGACGGCCUGCACUACGGCAAUCCGGGAUACGGUAAUGCAGGCCAUGCUUUUGUUUUUCUUCUUUUCCAU